AUGUCCGAAACUGGCUCUCAUCAAGACGCCAGUUCCAAGCCAGGCCUAUUGGAAAAAAACAAGAACCCAGAUGACUCUCAGCCGUCAGUCAAUUCAGAAAGGAGGAACAAAAGUGGGAUAAUAAGCGAACCUUUGAACAAAAGUCUUAAGAAGUCUCGACCACUCUCCCACUACUCCACUUUUGGUAGCACCAGCUCAUUAAGUGAACAUUCUGAGAAAGGUGCCCCCGUAGCCAACGGCAAUGAAGCAACUAUGGAUAAAAGCAAUUCUACCUCAAAGCACAAAAGCAUCUCCGACAUGCUGAGCAAAUCAGAUAUUUCUGCAGAAGGACAGAGCAUCUUGCAACAGUUUGCUCAGUCGACAGAGCUGCUCAAAAGAGUAGUCCAAGAGCACAUUCCCCUGCCUAAUGACCACGGGACGGGCAUCUCAGACAUGGAAGCCGUCUCGGCUGCAGAGACAAUGAACAGCCCAUCUGAUUUUCCUUACCUGGGGGCUUUUCCUAUCAACCCUGGCCUUUUCAUUAUGACCCCUGCUGGCGUAUUUCUGGCAGAGAGCGCACUCCAUAUGGCUGGCUUAGCAGAGUACCCAAUGCAGAACGAAUUGGCAUCUGCCAUCAAUUCAGGGAAAAAGAAACGGAAACGGUGUGGCAUGUGUCCUCCUUGCAGAAGACGGAUAAAUUGCGAGCAGUGCAGCAGUUGUAGGAACCGUAAAACUGGGCACCAGAUUUGCAAAUUCCGAAAAUGUGAGGAACUUAAAAAGAAGCCUUCUGCUGCACUGGAGGUAAUUGGGUUUGGUCAGGCAGCUUAAUAGUUCCCCCUCAGCUGCUCUGUGUGGAACCACAAGGCCAAUUUAUGUGGACUGGAUGUGGAAAUGUCAGGGGUUUGAAUCUCUUAGCAGUUCUUACCUUUUAUAUUCCACUUGGCUUCAGUCUUCUCACAUGCAGACCAUUAUUAUUAGUAAUUGGGAAAGAAACUCUCAGAUUCGCCCUCACUCCUGUGAUGAUAUGAGUGGCUCUCUGGGGCCUUCUGUAGACUCCUUACAAAUAGCUGAUGGUGUGUUCAAUCUGUUUCUGGAUUCUAUUAUCUCAGACUGCAUCUGAGAUCUCACAGGACUUAAAACACUCCUCCACAGGGGAAAAAUAAUAAUAAUAAUAAUAAUCCCCGACAUUGAAACUAGCAUGACAGUGUGGGGGUUGACAUGCUGCUUUACAUGUAAUUAUAAUAAUGUACAUAAUGCUUUCGAUUGUUCAAAGUGUUUCCAUUUCUGUUAUCUUCUCACCAGUGUUUUUUCCUUAAGAAAACAGGUGCCGGUAUGCACCAUGCCCACCCCACCCCCGCUCGCUCCCCCACCUUUGCCCCUUCCUCCUGCUCCUCCAUUGCUGCUGCUUCCUCCUGGAGAUGCUUUGGCGCGACCCCUUAUGAUCGACAAAGCGCCUUCUGGGAAGGUGAUCAUAAGGGUUGCGCCAAAGUGCCUCUUCUCUGGCAUGCCCUUUUUACAAUCGUCAGACACCUUCACAGGAAGUAGCGGGGGGGGGGGAGCAGCAGCGGUGAGAUAGUUCGGGGGGGUAGAGGUGGUGGUACACUGACCGAAAAAAGCACUGCAUCUCACAAUUCUUACAACUAUAAGUAGAUGAGCAUUAUUGGCUCCAUAUUUCAAAUGAGAGGCUGAUUCAGAAAUAUGUAGUGGCUUGCCUUGGUGGUAGCUUGGCUGAGUAACAGGGACUUCCUGAUUUGUAGCUCUGGCUCCUUCACCACAACACAGCACUAGUUCUCAUUUUGUACAAAUGGGUGUUCCUCUGCCCCACUUCAGUAAGGAAGCAUAGACAUCAGAAGUGGUACAGUUUGGACAAAGAUUUAUCACUUCAGCUGCUGUUUGUGAGAGCUAGGCCUUAAUGCCAAAGUCUUGUAUACCAUAGGGAGAGAACAUGUUUCCUCUUCUUAACCGUUGGCCAAUCACCAAUUUACAGCAGUUUCUUCUAGCAGGUGAACUUCAUUUCAAAAUGUUCUAAUUACAUUUCUAAGCUAAUACUCUGAGUGAAGUCAAGACAUUGUGGCCUCUCCAAAACCUCUACUGACCAAUUACAAACUGACUUUAUAGGUUUAGUAUAUGAAGCUUCUGAGUACAGAUCCUCCUACUUUGACUAUUGGUCACUUUCUAAGUCUUGGGCAUAUUUCUUUCCCAGCCCAACUACCAACUGCAAAAUGCCAAGUUGAGUGGGUUUUUAUUUCCUGGAAGUCCCUUUGGGAGGGGUGAAGUGUGUCUUGUCACAGAUGUUGGGCUGUCUUGACUUAGCCUAGCAGUUGUGAUUCUUGAAAACUCAAUGCCUUUGUUGGUGCAAACACUUCUUGUCAACGGGAUGUGACUUAGUAAAGAUUACAGACCUCUGCCUAGCAGCUCUCAGUCUUCCUUGUAAGUUGAAAGGGGGUUCUUGGUGAAAACAAAGCAAAACACAGUGAAGUAACAUGACAAACAUGCUAUGGAAGAUGGCAAAUGAAAGAACAGGACCAGUAAUCAGAUGCAUAUGAAAUGCAAGCAGAUCAAGGUAAGGAUGCAACCCUGUCAGUAAACAAAAUUAUCUUAGGAAAGUUUAGCGCAUCUUAAGAUGCAGAAUAAAUUUUACUUAGCUAAUCGGUCAGUUUCCCAGAUGUGGAAAGGUUUGGGGCUGUUCAUUACUCACACUAGAGCAGGUUGGGGGACUGGGGAUUUGAGGCAAGGACCCCAAAUCCCAAAGCUGCCAACUCUCUGCAAGCCACAUUGACAAGUGGGCCGGGUUGCCCACUUGACAUAUGACAUUAUGUGUGGAUAGCAUUCAGUGCUGAAUACAAGCCAGGCAAGGUAGUGAAGCAGUAGCCUUUGGGCAGAACUACAUGUUACAUGCAAAUGUGUGCACCAAACCACGAUGUUUGCUGCUUCAAUAGGGGGGGAAAGCAGGUGCUGUUGAGAAGCUUGAUACUGGUAAUCCAGAAUGGAGAAGCAGUGGGAAGAGAUGCUUAACCCUUCUGAUACUUGUUGUUUUUCUUCUGAAACACUCAUCACCUCUUCCAUGAGUGCUUGCCCACUUCUGUGGGGUUCCUGGUGCCUGUUUGCAAAAUGUAAAGACAUAUUUGGAACCUGAUGGGAGAAAAAGCAGCAUAGCUGGGGAGAGGAAUUGCUAGAGAAAUGUAGCAUGCAUAGGAAAGGGUUAAGCAUCUCUGCUCAAAAUUGCUCCCUUCCAAAAUGCUUUUUGAUAAAAGCAGCAGCCAUCAUUAUUCAUAUGUAACAUGUAGCUCUGCCAUUCUCUUUCAUAUAAACAAUGCAGUCUCGAUUGAGAAUUGCUUUAGGUGAUGGAUCAAUUCUAUUGACACUCCUUGCUAUUCCUGAGUUGCAAAGGUGUCAGGUCACAACUGAAAGAAGGAUCCUGCAGCUUUGAAAAUUAGGUUCUGUGGCUGAUGCAGAGCUGAUCUCCCCAUCACCAAGCAGUGCUCAAGAAGAACGGAGGAAGCUGAAGAGAUUGACCCACUUGGUUUGAGCCCCAUAUGAUUGCAAGCACAAACAGAAAAUAUGCACUGCUGACAUUUGGGCCUAAGCUAGCUAGCUUUAUUGAAUGGAGGGAAGCAAAGUAUUGUGUCUAUUUGACCUCCCCCUUGUUCCUUAUUUGGUGGUGAAGGGGGAGAGAGAAGGCAUGUGGCAUCCAUGUUUGUACAACUCUUUGCUGCUGGUCUUUGAAAGGUACAGGCCCCUUCUCCAGGUUGCAACCCUUUCUUGUUAGGCAGCUGGCUAAUUUUUUGAAAAGCUUCAAUUUCUGGGGUGGGGGAACCUACCCCCUUCAAUUCCAUUUAAUCUAGAUAUUGGGCAGUGGGGCAAUGAGUUUUUUUUCCUGGUUAUGCUGCUUAAGUUAUUUUCUCUGAAGUUAGUGAAGGCUGUAGGCAUCACACUCUCAAUGAAGACAGCAGUACAUUGCACAGAGAAUGUAAUAACUUGCUUUCUUAUUAGCCACAUUCAACGUUUUUCAAUUAGCAUCACUUAGGGUGGGGGGGGGACCAGUCUGGGGGUGGUGAUAUGAGGGGCUGGUAUCUUUCCCAAACUGCCAUAUUGCUAAAUUAUAUUCCUGUUCUAAUUUGCUGAGUCAGUGAUCUGGAAAAGGGGAAAGGGGAAAGUCCAUCUCUCCUAAAGAGACCCAAAGUGGGAAAACGGAUUCCACAGUGCAUAUUAGGCUGCUAUGUUUUCCCUCAUUCUCUUUGCGUUAUGGGGGAAGUUAAAUGACACAGCGAACCUGUGGAAGGCUUUAUAGAUUGGUUUUUUCUUUUUUUUGUUCUCUUGCUGACUGGGAAAUGGGAAUAAAUGAAACUGCUUUCAAAUUAUAUGAUGGGACUUGCUCCAUUUACAGCAAGUCUACUCUAAUUUUGGGAGAGUUAGGACUAGCAUCUCCCAAGCAGUGGCAGGUGUAUUCUGAGCUAAAAUUAAUUGCUACUGGUUUAUAUCAGAUAAAUGAAAAUAAUGUAAGGAGAAACCUGCUCAGUCUUUGAUAUCUCUAAUGCUGCAAUCCUGUGUACACUUUCCUGGGAGCAAGCCCCAGUGAACACAGUGGGACUGACGUUGGAGAGAGCAUGCAUAGGAGAUAAGAGGCUGCACAAGUAGAUAGAAACUGCUUUAUAUAUAUAUUAAUGGUUAGUGUGGAUAGGAAAUAAAAUGUUUGACUUUCAUUUGAAGUUAAUUUUGUCAGAAUCCUUUUAAAAAAGAAAAAGAAAAAGAAAGAAAGGGCGGGUGUCCCGCAAUAAUUUCAGUUGUCCUGUUCGAUAAUGGAACAUGGUGCGUAGGCCAGUUGGAUGCUGAGAAAGAUACCAUACAGAUAGGUGGCAAAGCAGGCUUACAUUUAAGGAUCUCCUGCAACAUAGUUUUGUAAAUUUCUUCAAAGGUAUUGUUGAUCAUCUCUGUACUUCAUUGAUUCAUAAAAUUCUAGCAUUGGAAGGGAACUUGAGGGUCAUCUAGUCCAAUCCUCUGCAGUGCAGGGCUCUUCUGCCCAAUGUGGGGCUCAAACCCAGGACCCUGAGAUUUAGAGUCACAUGCUCUACCAGCUGAGCCAUGCUAGGGUCGCUUAUCCCUUCUGUCUCUUGCACUUCCCUUGAGGAGCUCAUCUUGGCGCAGGUGGUCUCUCUCCCCCCCCCCCCUUAUCCUCUCAGCAAGCCUGUGAUGUAGUUUAGGCUGUGUGGUAGAAAGCGACCUGUACACAGUCGCAGCCUGAUCACGCUAGCUGUCUCACUCAACACCGAGAGCUGCAUUUGCCACACAAAUCCUGGAUCACUAACAAGCAACAUUUGUUUUAGCCAGACCAAUUUAACUGGAAAGUUUGUUCUAUCUAAAAUGCCUUGCACAGCCCUCUUCCCCUUUCUAUAAUAGUCCACAGGUCUGUGAACAAAGGCAUAGUAGAAUUGUGUCUAGACUUCUUUCAGUAUUAAUAAUAUCAUCUGUGCAGGAUUAUGUAAUCUGCACUCACACGCAGCCCACUGCAGGAUUUCCACCCUGCUUACUUAACAUGAGUGACAAACACAUUCUGAUGUCUCACCAUCUUUCAGUCGUUGUCACCUUAGCAGACUUCCUGAGUCCCACACAACUUGUUAUCCUACAGGCAGCAAAAAUAUUCUUCUCCCACUCGAGCUGGUGAAAUUCCCCACUGCUAAACAAUUAGCCCUGGAACAAUAAUUGAUUGGUUUUCUGCAAUCCUCGGCUCCUUUGGGUGGAAGGAAGGGAUAGAAAUUAAAUAACUAAAAUUAUGUAAUGUCUCCAAUUCCUGCUUCCCAGUCCCCAAAACACACUAGAUCAGACCAAGGUCCAUCAAACCCAACAGUGUUUUGAAUAAGAUGCAGGCCAAUGCCUUUGAAAUACCACAAGCAGGGCAUCAAAGGUACUCAAAACAUCUGUUAACUUAGAGAUACACUGCAGUUGUAUGUGGAGGCUAUGAUUUAUGCCUAUUCAUGGAUGGCUAUUAGCCAUUUUCCAAGUAAAUAUUCUGUUUCAAAAGCCAGCUUGCAGGGAUGUUGCAUGUUUCUGUACAGAUCAUUGAUGUUAGUAUGACUAAAAGGUAAAGGGACCCCUGACCGUUAAGUCCAGCUGCAGACAACUCUGGGGUUGCGACACUCAUCUCGCUUUACUGGCCGAGGGAGCCAAUGUUUGUCCACGGAGAGUUUUUCCGGGUCAUGUGGCCAGCAUGACUAAGCCGCUUCUGGCGAAACCAGAGCAGCACGUGGAAACACCGUUUACCUUCCUGCUGGAGCGGUACCUAUUUAUCUACUUGCACUUUUUUGAUGUGCCUUCGAACUGCUAGGUUGGCAGGAGCAGGGACCGAGCAACAGGAGCUCACCCCGUUGCAGGGAUUCGUAUCGCGGGGAUUCAAACCGUCGACCUUCCGAUCGGCAAGCCCUAGGCUUUGUGGUUUAGUUAGCACGAUGCAAAAAGAUUAAAAGUGUGCUGCCCUAUGAGUUAAAUUUGGCAUUUGCAUCUGUAUCCAUGCUGAAGAAGCCUAGCCGGUACCCCCCCACCUGUUCCUCCUGCCCCCUUUUCUAAUCCUGGAGACGUGGGCUUUGGUGAUUGUUCCAAUUUCCACAGCUCUCCAGCUGAGGCGCCCCCCCCCCCGGUAUUAAUAUGCUAGGGCGGUUUAGGGGCAGGCUCAUGGGCAGCAAGAAGGAAAUCAGCCCUGCUCUGCCGGUAGACAUGGGAACAGCUGCCCAGCCCAUUUGCAUCUGACAUCUGGAACAGCGGAAGGAGCAGGGGAGUCAGAUGUGCUGCAUCUGGAACACUGAGAGGACAAACAGAACAAUGGCAGAGGACCUGCUCCAGAUCAUUUUAAAUAUCCUUUCAGAAAUUGCCUUCUCCAAGACCCGCUUUGCUGUUUUCUCAUGGACUCUCCAAAUUUGUGGGGCAAGCCUGUGAAGGUUAAAAAGUGAUUAUUUCCCAGUACACACACUGUGUGUGUGUGUGUGUGUGUGUGUGUGUGUGUGUGUGUGUUUCAGUGACAGGUCAGGGUAACCCUGCAGGCACGGGAAACCUGGCUCAUUGUCAAACAGCAAACUGAACCUAAGAGCUCCUCACAGCAGGAAUUGCUCCUGAACAACUCAUAAUGGCUCAUCUUAGUGAGAAAUAAGCAUCCUUUUCUGUCCCUUCAUCAGCUGGUAAAUGCCAACAACUUGCAGGAUUCGAGUAGCAACCAUUGUGGGGCAAAGCUGUUGAUUCAUAAUCAGAAUCAUUCAUAAAUAUCACUUGUGUUUCUCUGAUGAGGGGCACCUUUACUAAGUGCAACCAAAAUGUUGGCUUUUGGACAAUUGGUUUCCUAAGAGGAAUGUUCCGCUAUAGAUAUUAGGUUUAGGCUGUGAUCUAGAACAUGUUUACUUAGGAGUUUGGUCCCAGAUGAAUUCAGUAGAAAUGACUUCCAAGUACAGAUGCAUAAGACCAGGCCACAAGUUUAUCAGGCCCAAGCUAGCUGUUAUGAAAUAUCUGCAUGUUUGAUUGCAUGGAUCAAUGAUUGAUUCCCUGUUGCUUUGGCAGUCUUUCAGGACAGAGACAAACAUAAUGUGUGGCAGAAAUGUUUUCAAUGGCACAUUUGCUACACUUCUUUUCAGGACAGCAGAAGCUUGUUCAGACCAUUUCCACUACACUUGCACUGCCUGCCGCCAUCAUUUUUUAUUCUUUGAAAUGGCACAUAAAGGCAGUGCCCACUGCUCCAAGUGGCAAUUCCCGGAUACUCCAUUAAUGGCAUGUGCAAGUGGUAUGUUUUACCACUUCAAGAACAUUCAUAAAACACAUAUUUUAAAGGUGUUACUAAAAUAGUUGCUAUCUUUUGAAAUAAUAAAGACAGAGGAAUGAAUAAAAUGCCACUUCCAAAACUAUGUAUCGGUUUUGGAAGUGGUAUUUUAUUCAUUCCUCUGUCUUUAUUAUUUCAAAAGAUAGUGUUUUUUAUAAAGUAGAAAAGCAAGAUGGCGAUGAUUAAAAGGGAAGGGAAGCCCAGUUGGUAUUUUCUUUAGCAUUUUUGUAUGAUAAGUUAUUUUAUUGCAAGUCGCUCUGGACUAAGACAUAGAACGAGUUCUACUGCCUAGUCUAUACGACCUUUUUAGUCAGAGGACACUGAAGGACUACCUAAUCUUCCACCCAGCAAUAUUAAGAAGACCUGAAGCAGCAAUAUGAAGCCUUAAGGAGGGGUGGAUAAAUCCUUCCCUUCGCCAUCAGUCAUGGAUGAAAUGGUGCUGUGUUUAAAAAGUCAACAAUGAGUCCCUUUAUAUUAUGGCUUUUUAAAGUUCUCAGGCUGUUAAAAACCAUCACAUGGCUGGACAGGUUGGUGGCAAUUUCCUCUGCUUUCACCUCCUUUGUGUCUGAAAAACAAGCGAGCCAAUAAAAUACUAAAUUGUGUUGCCAGCCUUGGAUUGGGAAGGAGAGCUUCUUUCCACACAAUGCCAUUCCUAGCCUAUCAAAGUUUCUGUAUAGCUCUAGCCUCCAUAGUUUUAUACCCAGAGACAUAAAAUGGACACUUCAAAUUAACAUGCCAAAUGGCUGGAAGGUAAAUAUCUCAACAACAGAAAAUAUUACAGUGCUCCUUGGAAGAUGCUCAUGCUUUGGCCAGAGAGAAGGAAUUAUACCAUUGUGAAACAGCCACAGAUAAUGCCUCCUCCCUCUCUCCCUGCCCCAUCUUUGAGAUGCGUCCUGAGCAACCAAUGAAACCAAACCUCAACAACAGCAACCAAGCACAUUCCUGGAGGCUUUGAUAAUUAAAUGAGCAAAGUUUUUCAUUUCAGCAGACCCCAUUCUCCUGUUAGCUUUGUUCAAGAAAUUUUGAUCUUUCUUUCUUUCUUUCUUUCUUUCUUUCUUUCUUUCUUUCUUUCUUUCUUUCUCUCUCUCUCUCUCUCUCUCUCUCUCUCUCUCUCUCUCUCUCCCCCCUGGCUUGUUUACAGUAGCAGGAAAGGUUGCACACCACAGCAUGGUGAAGUCAAUUUUAAAAGAUAGGUAGUCCUGUCCUACCACUCUUCCUUCCAGAUUGUGAAGUUGCAACUCUUUAUUGCCCCACCUUGGGGGAGAUUAAUGGGCAUCCCUGAAGCUCUCUCUUAUAGGGGUAAGGAUAUGUAUGCAUGUGACUGACAAAGUAACAAGCACAAUAAACAUGUACAAGUAUCUCCUGACCGUGUAACUGCCAGCCACGAGUCCCUUCAUCGCAAUAUGCAUUUGCUGUCCUAUUGGAAUGGUCAGUAGGGAAUUGAAGUUUAUUCUUAGUGGGCUCUGCAUGACAUGAGGCCGGUGAUCAGUGAGGACUUAUUUCUGUGUUCAUAUAAAGAGACUUCAGACCACUUUCUCCCCACUCCCUGCCAAAAAGUACCAUUUGAAAGUAUGAAAAGAGCAGUUUGCCGCUUCUUUAGGCUGUAUACAGCAAAAGCAUUCGGCCAAAGGGCCAAAAGGUUUCACAAGAGGCUACUGGGUACCAUGAAGAAUUGCUAAUAGAGAAGAUGUGAAGUUGUAAAUAUGUAUUUUGCAGGACCAGAAAGUUGGAAAAAUAGGUUUGGGAGGGGAGGACACCGUAAUUGGAAUUACAAAUAUGUAAUGGUGUAAGGUUAGCAUUGAAGAGCAGCCACGCUGAAGCUGAAUGGCAGGGCAUUGUGUGUGGUGUAAUGUUCUGGACUUUCCUUAAAAGGCGCAAAGCUGCUGACUCUGCCCGGGGCUUGUUCUUCUCCUCCCUGCUCAUCAUGUGUCCCUGUUCUGUUCUCUUCUGUCUCUGCAGAAAGUGAUGCUUCCUACAGGCGCUGCAUUCCGGUGGUUUCAGUAG